UUAAAGUGCAGACAUACGGAAACACCCCACUCAGGAUUCCCCACAGCUCUGGGGAUAACGUUUGAACAAAUUUAACCAAGAAACACUCCAGAAGAGUCCAAGGGACCAGAAGCAUCUGUGAUUUGUUUGUGGAAGUAUUUCUGAUGGCGGCUGCUUGACUUCUUUAGAAGGUUUUUAGUGGAUUUUAGUGGGAGAAACGCGCGUGUUCGAUAUGUCACUCAGAAUAAUGGACACGCUGAGAUUCUCCGCGGCUCUUCUUCUAUUUGUGUCUUUAUUCAGCUAUGGAAACACAACACAGUUUCCAGACUCUGUACUGACCAAGAAAUGGGCGGAGCAGAUGCAGGAGGAGCUGAUACAGUUGAUCGAUGCUGAGAGUGGCAUACACACUCUCAAAGAGGUUUUCUUGAAACUUCGAAGGUACUACACUGUAAAAAACAACAAUGCUUCAAACCUGGUGGCAAAUGCUGCACUCGAAAUUGAGACCCUCCUCUACAAUCGCUCCAAAGCUCUAAAAGAACUGGCCAGUGCUGCUGAGGCCCUCGAAAUGGAUCACCAAUGGAAGGAUGAUAUUGACGAGAAUGAAGUCUUUUACUAUAAUGCCAAAGACAAGUUUGACAUUAAUGACCCAGAAACACACCUCUCCCAGAACCAGACCACAUCGCAAUUCAAAGAAGAUCCUGAUUUCAAGCGGCGAGUUUCAUACAACACGUCAGCAGUGCACAUCCCCACUGACAUCUACAAUGGUUCCGCUAUAAUCCUUAAUGAGCUGAACUGGACGGCGGGUCUGGAUGACGUCUUCAGGAAAAACAAAGAAGAUGACCCUUUACUCCUGUGGCAGGUCUUUGGCAGUGCAACGGGCCUGGCCCGAUACUUCCCGGCUUCUCCUUGGGAUGACACACAAAAUAACACAAAUAAGAAGAUUGACCUGUAUGAUGUACGCAGGAGACCCUGGUAUAUCCAGGGUGCAGCUUCACCCAAGAACAUGCUGAUCCUGGUUGAUGUAAGUGGAAGUGUGUCUGGACUGACGUUAAAGCUCAUUCGUACUUCUGUUAGUGAGAUGCUGGAAACACUGUCCGACGAUGAUUACGUCAACAUUGUCUCUUUUAAUAGUACUGCCAAGUCAAUCGCCUGCUUUGACAGCCUGGUUCAAGCGAACGUCCGCAAUAAGAAGAUUCUAAGGGAGGCUGUACAUAAGAUAGCAGCAAAUGGCACCACCGACUACAAAGUUGGCUUAAAAGAGGCUUUCUCUCAGCUCUACUCAUUAAACAUUUCAAAGUUACACUGCAACAAGAUUAUCAUGCUGUUUACCGAUGGAGGAGAAGACAGAGCAGCAGACAUCUUUAAAGAGUUUAACAACGAUAAAAAUAAGGUUCGAAUAUUCACCUUUUCUGUAGGCCAGCAUAACUACGAUAAGGGACCAAUUCAAUGGAUGGCCUGCGAAAACAGAGGUUAUUAUUAUGAGAUCCCCUCCAUCGGAGCCAUACGGAUCAACACCCAGGAAUAUCUAGAUGUGCUUGGCAGACCAAUGGUAAAAGCACGCAAAAAGAUUGUGCAGUGGACCAACGUUUAUUUGGAUGCUCUGGAGCUGGGGCUUGUGAUCACAGGGACUCUACCAGUGUUCAAUAAAACCAAAUCCACGAAUAAGAACCAGUUAAUUCUGGGGGUGAUGGCCGUAGACGUGUCUCUGGGAGAAAUCAAGAGAGUGACUCCACGAUUCACUCUUGGCCCAAACGGAUAUUACUUCGCAAUCGACCCCAAUGGCUAUGUGUUACUCCAUCCCAACCUUCAGCCAAAGGAUCUGAAGUCUCAGGAACCUGUGACGCUGGACUUUCUGGAUGCCGAACUGGAAGAUGAAGUGAAAGUAGAUAUCAGAAAAAACAUGAUAGAUGGUCAGAAGGGAAGCCGCAGGUUCCACACGCUUAUAAAGUCUCAUGAUGAGCUUUACUUUGACAGUGGCAUAAGAACUUACACUUGGGUUCCAGUCAAACAGUCAGACUACAGUCUUGCUUUGGUUCUACCCAAGUACAGUCUCCACUAUAUCAAUGCAGCUAUAGGAGACACCAUUACUCAAGCCAAAUUCUCGGAAACUCUGUAGGUUAACAAAUUUGAAGAAUAUGGACAUACUUUCAUAGCCCCCAGAGAAUACUGCAGCGACCUCGAUCCUCAGAGCAACAGCAACAAAGAUUUUCUCAAGGAUUUCAACGAAUACAUCGACAGGAAGACCCCCAACAACCCACUGUGUAACAUUAACCUGACUAACAGACUUCUCUUGGAUGCUGGCAUCACCGCCGAACUGUCCAAACACUGGAGCAAACAGAGACCGAACGACAGAAUCAGAGCUAAGUUUGUGGCUACAGACGGUGGUGUUACGAGGGUCUAUCCUGAAAGUGCUGGCGCUGAAUGGACCGAAGAGGCAGAAACAUACGAGUGCAGCUUCUACAAAAGGAGUCUGGACAAUGAUAUUUACAUAUUUACAUCAAGACCAUCAUAUGCCAAAAACGGAACCGAUGAGUCUGUUUUAGUGAGCAGAGCAAUGGACCUGAGAAUCGAUGAGUUCAUGCUGAAGCCAGCAGUGGUUGGAGUAAAACUGGAUGUCGAGAUGUGGAUGGAGAGCUUUAUGAAUGUUACGAUUACAUCUAAGUGUAACGGCGAAAUCUGUGGAUGCAAAAGAAAUGAUCCGUAUCUGGAGUGUGUUCUAUUGGACGACGGCGGUUUUCUCAUCAUGGCCAAUCAGGACGACUACAUCAGUAAGAUUGGAGAGUUUUUCGGCAUGAUUGAUCCUGGCCUGAUGAGAAAUUUGAUGAACGAAUCGUUGUUCUCCGUCGUCAAAACAUAUGACUAUCAGUCUCUCUGUGAUCCCAUCAAAGAAACCAAAGCUGCUGCUGGUCUCAGAUCAGUCUAUGUGCCCACCAUAGCUAACAUCCUGAACCUUGGUUGGUGGGCAUCUGCGGCCGCCUGGUCAAUGUUGCAGCAGUUGUUUGUCAGCAUAACAUUUUCUAGCUACCUUGAAGCAGCUGAUGUAGAUGACGACCAGUAUAAAAUGCCACCUAAGGAGAGUUGCAUUACGGAGCAGACGCAGUAUUUCUUUGAGGACAACAAGACAAGCUUUAAGGGAUUAGUUGAAUGUGGGAACUGCUCCAGGCAGUUCACAGCCGAAAAGCUUCCAAAAACAAAUUUGGUGCUUAUUGUUGCUGACUAUCAGUGUGAAAUAUGCCAAGAAGCUCCAUUUUCGCACAAUGAGAAGCCUUCUCCGGGUCCAGAUCCCUGUGUGAUAGCCCAGAACCCACGGUACCGAAAGGGUACAGAAGCUUGCUUUGACGACAACUCAAGAGAAGAGGGAGCAGACUGUGGCGGGGCGUCAGGUCUGAUUCCACCAAUCGUAUCCAUGGUCAUCCUCCAGCUGCUUCUGUUCUGGCUCCUACCUGGACAGGGACACUGCCUAUCGUGACCUCAGCACAGACACGGCACGCCCCCUGACAAUGCCAAAAUACCUACCGCAUCCGACACAUUUUAACUUUCAUCCGGACUCCCACGCUACAAUCCAGGACACGGAGGGAGAGGCUCUGACCCAGGAAGUAUAAAACCAAUGCCAUGAUCGCUCACAGCCUUAGAGGUCAAAGAAGGUCACGGAUGAUAAAUGAGCAAUGACCUUCCACAUUUGACCUUUGAGGUCGCACUCUCUCCACACGGGCGACAGGGUGGGCAGUUUCACCUGGGUGGGCAGACCUUUACACUUCAUCUUCACUUGGGGCAUGUGGGUCCUGUUCUUUCCACGAUCCAUUCACAACACUGCCAACCAAAGUUCUGCCCUAUGCCUUUAUUUUUUUACCUUUUGGUCCUUCAACAUAUUUAUAAAGCGUGAUUCGUCAGUAUUACAAACUGUCAGACUUUUAUGGCCAACCCACAUGCGUCGCUGAGAUGUUUUAAUGGAGCCCUCUGGGUUGGGUCAAAUCCAGCCUUGGUUUUUUGGUCUACACCCCAUUAUUUAAAAAAAUGGACUAAUGAGUGACUGACCCAAUGGCAAAAGUCUCCUGUUUUUCCCAGAGGUGUCCACCUUUGUGCCUCGGGAAUAUCGGUUUCGUUUCCCGCCGCUGUGUGUGAAUUAUCCCUCACUCUAUACAUCUGUGGCUGCCCGUAUUCACCAUCAAGCUGCGAUUUUCAUCCGCCCGCGGUGCAUUAAAAAGAGCACUGUUGCCAAACGUUACCCUUGUGUGGUCUCGCUGUACUUUGCGCUCGAUGCCAAGCAGGUCGUUUGGCCCAUCAGCCCUUGCGCUGUGUUUAGGGCUUUUUAAAUGGUGGCCUGACCUAAGGCUUACGGAGAGAAAAGCCGCCGUUGCAUGCGUGUGUUUUGUUUUCUGGUGUUUUAGGACAAUUAAGUUAUUUGAAAUGAGCGCAGAGUGUUUGCGUUUGUUAAAUGUUGCGUUUAUUAUGGUAUAUUUCAUGUGUGUGUGAAAAUGCAAAUGCUAGGACGAAAGCUGUAUUAGUGGUGCACUUCAUGACAAAUAUUUUUGCUGUUUGCUACACUAAAUCUUAUCCGAAGAACUCAAAGAAGUUGAACGAAAAGCAACCAAUGUUUACAGAUUUUUUGAAACGGAUGAGAGUUUUAUACAUGAUGUUGCCACUUGUCCCUGGUUUUGCUGGUCUUUCAAGUUCAUUUCGUCGGCGCGCUCUGAUGUGUAAUUUUUCAGUUUGUCAUGACUCUGUCAGCUUUUCCUUCCUGUCAACGUGCCUUGAUGUAAAUGGAUAUGUAUAAAAAGUAAGGGAAGGAAUAUCACAAUGUGCUAUCUGACUCUAAUUGUUUUUCAGAGACUGACUGAAUCUUUGCUGACAAAUGAAACCACUGGCCUCUUUAAGAGAACAUUUAAACAUUUAAGGAAAUGUAAGAGCACAAAUUAAAAAAUGAUCAAAUUAAAUAAGCUUCAUAGAAAUGAAGUAGGAAAAAUAGGAAGAUUUAAAGUCAUAGUUCACCCAAAAAUGAAAAUUCUGUUGUCAUUAGUUCAUCCUCUUCAAACCUGUAUGACUGUAUGACUAUGAAUAAAGUUGGUAACCAAACAGCUCCGGCACCCAUUUACUUCUAUUGUAUGGACACAAAACCAAUGUAAGUGAAUGGGUGUCGUUUUUUCCAAAUAUCUUCUUCUGUGUUCUUCAGAAAAAAAGAAAGUCAUACAGGUUUAAAAUGACAAGAGGUUGAGUAAAUGAUGACAGAAUUUUCAUUUUAGGGUGAACAAUCACUUUAAAUGUUAUGAAGGGGAAUAACAAGACAAGGAAUUCAGCAGCAUGUGUGCAAACUAGCGCUUUGUCUUUUUUUACUAGGCCAUUACCCAAUAUAUUGAUUGGAAAUCUGCCAUUCAGAGCCACAAGACAUAUGAUUUCUGGCAGUUAACCUUGGCAACCAAUCUUGUAUUAUUUUAGCUUAUAAAUGUACUAAUUGCAAGAUGGAAAUGUGUCAAAUUGACUUUAAUGCAGCAUUAAUUACCUUCAUUGUGUUCUUAUUAAUUCUAACAGUUUAGAAAAACAAAGAAAUGCUAAAUCAAACCCGGCAUUGAGACUGGAGGGCGACGUCACUGCUGCUUCACGCAUCAUUUCCUGCUGCAAAACAACUUAAUUGGACUACGUGGAUUUGGCUUGCGUUGAAAAGCCAUCCAUCUAAAGAUCUUCGCAUUGUUUUCAGCAUUUUGCUGUUACCCGGCGAGCAUUUCAGAAGUGACGUGCAUAAAUGGUUUACUGUGUUGUAUCACACAAACACCAAAGUUAAUUGGCUGUGCCAGAAAGAAAAGAGAAAUUACAGCAAACAUCCCCAGUUCCAGACCAUUGCAUUGAAUGUUCAAUGGAAAUUUUCCAGGAAGAUCAAACGGCAUCUUGUUUAUCUAUGCUGAAUAUGAACUGAAACGAAUCAGUUUCUGUUGUCUACCUGUACUCAAAGUGCCAUAGAAUGCUGUUCUUCUCAAAAGCAGGAAACGGCCUAUUGACCUGCAAGGACACUCAAACCUUUAAGACUCAGAGUUCUUCCUUAUGACCCGUGUAGACACCCUUAUGACCCUUAUGACACAUGUGUUGCACUGGAAAACCAAGCAGUGCAUGUGCACGUCCGUAUCCGUAUGUAAAGAACAUUUACCUGUAGGCGUUGGAGUGUUUGAUGAAUUGAACACAAAUUAUGGCUAUGCUCAGUAGAAUCCUGUUAUAUCCAAUUGCUGCCGUAUGUGGGCAGAUUACAAGAUUUAUAAGAUUUUCUGUAUGCCUUUUAUACCACGUAUUUGCCAAAACGUGCAGUGUGCAGCAGUGAUAUCUGCUUGAAAUACUGUAUCGCAUAAGGCAAUGCACCCAACUUGAACUUUACAGUUUCCAAUUUGACAGACGAGUAAUGAACAAGUAAUAUCAGCAGAUUUGACAAAAAUUGAAUUAGGAGUGCAAAGUAAGCAUCUUUAUUUCCUAGAUCACAAUGUAGCGUAUUACUGUUGAAUUGUUCUUUAUUGAAUAAUGCCAACAGUUUCACUUUUCAUUUUCAAAAUGUAGUUGGCAGUAUACUGUGAAGUGUACUGUACAGUAUACUAUGUAGUAUCGAGUAAGCAGUUAAUUCAAUGUUCCACUCCAAACAUAUCCUAAAUUUCACUGCCUUUUUUACAGUUUUUAUCCCGAUCCUGAAGGUCAAAGCCAACCCUGCACGUCAAAACUGAUUUGGGACCAGUGCUUGAAAGCAUUAAGGGUUACCCGCUUCUAACAGAAAUUGUUUACAGGAUAACUGCAGAGGUGAAAGUGUUUUCUAGGAUAUCAAAAAGACAGAUGUUUAGUCUGACUGCAAUUAUGAGAUCAAUUCCAUCGUCAAACUCAACGCCACUGUUCUUCUUGUAAAAUGAGAGCAAAGAGGCUUUUUGUUUCGCUUCCUAAAGCCAUUUAAAUGCGUCCACUGUUGAGUUCAAACGGUGUCACCUCAGGAACCAAGCGGUCAGGAAAUGUGAUUCAAAGUGUUGCUCUCUCUUUCUCUCUCUCUCUCUCUCUCUCUCUCUGUAUCGGUAUCUACAUCUAUGUCUCUCUGGACUGUGUGGGUUUUCAUCUCUGGAAUUCUGAGAUAGCUUGAAGCGCGUUUUGAACGGUCAGUCAUAAUAUCCCCGCUGCCUCCGCUUGCCUCUUGGCUGACCGAUAGUCAGGAUUUCGGAUGAAUUAUCUACAGGGUUAUUUAGUCCCCCUUAAUCGUUCUCUAACGCAGUGGUUCUCAACUGAUGGGUCAUGACCCGUAAAUGGAUCACGGCUCUGAUCUGAUAACAAUAAUGCGACUAAAUUUAUAACCGUGGAUUAGUUGAUGUUGAUUAUAAAACCGAUAUGUUUAUUUAUUUUGAAAGGUAGGAGAAUAUGCUUUUCAUAUCUUUUUUAUGUGUUGAGGUCAGAGGCCACACAUUGAAUCAAACUCAAUAGUAUUUGGGCUCAUAUUCAUCUUUUUUGUUUUUAAACCCUCAGUUUCUCAUAUUGGCUUGGGCUUGUGUAUAACGCAUUUAAACACAUGAUGUAAAAUCUGGAUCCUAAGGUCAUUUCAGCUGAGAACCACUGCUUUAAUGCAUAUUCAUGAAUCUAUGAUUCGAGUCACUCAGUGUGUAAAUCUGUACAGAAACACAGUUUAAAAUGAACAAUCCUAUUCUUUAUACUCCCGAAUUGUCUCAAUUCAUGUUCUAGCAUAUUGAAAAUAAAAAAAACUGUUUUAUCAUUAUUGCGAGUUGUGCUUUUUCUUUUGUCUUGACUGUUUCGAUAGCCACAGAUUGCAGUUUUUCUCCUUUUCCAAAGUCACCUCUACUUAUAUUUGUCCCGGUGCCAAAACAUUUUUCCCCUUGUACAGUAUGUCAGAUGGAAGUGCGAGUCUGCAGUUUCUCUUCUCUCUUGUGUCAUUUUUCUGUCAUCGGAGAGAACCCGAACCGGGCC